AUGACUGCACAACAACUCUGCCUGAUUGGACGUGGAUAUUUAGGACUGGACAGUCUUGCUCUUGGUCAUGUUGAAGUAUUGAAGACUCCGUUGUUGCUUGCAUUACUCCUGUCGAUAUCGAAGAAAUCGCUUAAAUGUAGUCUGGCAAAGCAAUUUGAAGAAGGCGUGCGGAAAGCAAUGAAUUGGAACAUUGAAGCAAUCGUAGACAAGGCACAUGGUUUGGUACCUUCCGUCGACGUCAUGAACUUAAUGCCACGCGCAUUCCCCGCCUUCUUUCUUCUCCCAAGACAGUCUCCUUUUAUUAUCAAGCCUCGCUUUGCGAUCCACGUUAGAGAUACCGCAGAGGAGCAGUUGACAUUUUUGAACGCAAAAACUUCAUAA